AUGAAGGCUCCACGCGCUAGCUGCGAGGGAUACCUUACGUUCCGCACGAGUCCGUCAUCUCCGCCGCCCAUGCUUCGGCGUUACUGCUUUCUCGUCGGAACGUCGUUCCAUUACUACAGUACACAGGAGGAUGCGUAUCACAUGCUGCGUAUUAAGGGCGAAGUGGACGUGCUUGGUGUGCAAGAAUGGGAUGGAAAAGGCAAUAUGCACAUAUACCAACACGGACUUUUAUUCGCCACAGCGCAGAGUAAAGUUUUUUACGCUUAUGCUGACACCGCAAUGGACAAAGAAAAGUGGAUUCGAGCCAUUCAGACAGCUGUAGUGACCACGGCACCGCGUCUUGCGGCUACAUUCCUUCACCACGCGUCGCUUGAUGUAUCUACCUCACCAGUAAGUACAGCUGCAGUCCCGUCAAGUGAGACGGACGUGAAGUGCAAGUGUCCGGAUUGCACCCGUUUAAUAUCGCAAGCUGUGACUGCUGGGCAAGUGGCUCCAAUGACAGCUACACUGUUAUACAAGUGUUAUAGCUGUGACGGGUUGUUCUGCGAUAAAUUUACGACUCAUAAAGUCCCGCUCCCGCAUCGAUUCUACUACUACGCCAAACGCGUCUGUGACAGAUGUUACGAGGCACAGAAUUACAUUAAUUACUUGCGUGCAAUGGUUGAGCGACUGAAAGCGGGGAUCUGUUUGUAUCCAAAGCCGUUAAAUCCGGAGGCACCGAUUGAGUUAAUUAUGCCUAAGCGUCCACUGCAGACCGAGUCGGCCAAAAUUGCAAUCGAUCUAUUAAAAGCCAAAGUGAUUACUGCUGAAGAAUGUGAAGAAAUCUUGCUGAAAGAUCGACGAUUCUAUGAUCACACGAUGGAUCACCCCGAGAUUCCGUUGGACCUGAAAAUUUUGGGCCUCCACCGUGAAUUUCGUGCACGCAGCUUUAGCGUUUAUCGAGCCGUGAUUUUGUUACAUCGUCACCUGGACAGUGAUCCGCUACUGUUCAAACCAAUUGUGGAAAAGUUGUUGCACUUUUCGUACACGCGUAUUAAUCAAGUGGAAUUUUAUUGGCCUCAGAUUGUUCAUGCUUAUCUAUCCAUUCCAAAUUUUGAUUUUGAGAAGAUUUUUUGGCUCGAUGAGCUAAUUGUGUCCGUUUGUUCGCGAUCCAUUCAUCUUGCGCUCCUUCUUCGAUGGCAGCUUCAAGGUGCACUUGAAGACUCGUUUGAUACGAGAAAACCUAAAGACAUGCAAGACAAGUAUGCACGUGUAGUACGAUUGAUGGUGGAGAUUGAGCGUGAAGUUGCAGGUGUCGACCGGGCCACGGUGCUGAGUCGCGAUCCGAUGCAAGAAACGUCUCACGUAGACAAGCGGAAUCUGCCCAUGCCAACAGAUGAUCAGCUGCGGGUAAUCGUUAAGCUAACAGAGGAGAUCGCCAUUCACCGCUGUCACGCACACAAUUUAUUGACCUCAAGUAGCUCUCCUUCAGGCAUGAAAGUGUUCUCCUCUUUCUCACCGAGAAAAGGCGCAGGAUAUAAAGAAUCACCUGAAGGGGAUGUGGAGAGCCGCUUUCGUGAUUUUUCACGCUUUCAGCAACACUUACUCACACCCAAAGAAGAUUUGGAUUCUUUGUUGUUAACGCACCCUUCAGGAGACGACUAUGAGCAUGACGAACGGUUGUCGAUCUUAGAAGAGGAAGAUACAGGUAGCCAAUCAAUCAAUAUUUUUAAUGAGUCGAUGCGACGGUCGAAUCAGACUGACAAGUCGUUGCUAGCGAAGCAUUUUGCUGACGAGUGCGACUUUGUCGAGCAGAUUACGGAUAUUGCUGAAGCCCUGCGCUUCGUGCCAUCGAUUCAAGAGCCGACAGACCCUUUUGAGCGAAUUGUACGGAUUCCAACAAAGGAAGGAACAGCAUUCUCAACAAAAGCGCGUGUUCCUAUAUUGCUGAUCUUUGAGGUGAUUCGCGGCAAUCCUUUCGACGAUGACCAACAACGUGACACCUCUAUACUUGAGUCACCACGGUCUCCUUCAAGGCAAAGUCGAAUCGGAAGCAGUAUGCUGGAAUCGUCCGAAGUCAACUACGUUGAAGAUGAAGAGAUUGGACAGCUGAUUGAACAUCAACCGUUUGCAGGCGAUGCAGACGAUGUUGAAGAAGUCCAAGUCGAAACGAUACUUUCCUCGCGUGUGAUCUCUGAACCAUAUCACACUCCGGCCGCCAUGUCGCGUCGUGUUCCUUUGCCAGAGACACCAAUUGGUGUUUCGGAAACGGUGUCCACGCCUUCAGCAACUCCACCGAUCGCUAUUUCGUCUCCUGAUUCUAAGGUGGCUGGUACAAUUGCAUCCAUUGUUAGGUCGCAUACUGAACCAUCUACACCGCUUGAAAUGGACUUGGCAACGGGCAAUAUAACAGCUGAAGCGAUUGAGCGUGAGAAAGCGCGACGGAAAGAUUUUGAGGCAGCAUUUGGCGAGUCGUGGAGCUCUAAGCGUGCAAGGCUGAUGGCAGCAUCACCUUAUGGUCAUUUACCUGGCUGGGACAUCGUAUCUAUGAUCGGCAAGAGCAACGAUGACCUUCGUCAAGAGGUAUUUACAUUGCAAUUGAUCCAGAAGUUCGUCGAGAUAUUUCGGGGUGCAAAUUUACCAAUGUGGGUAAAGCGAUAUCGCAUUAUUGCGACGAGUUCGUCAACUGGAUUGAUUGAAACGCUGAUCAAUGCAAUAUCGCUGGAUGGUUUAAAGAAGCGUGAAGGAUAUGUGUCUUUGCUUCAUCAUUUCGAAAAAUCGUACGGCCCUCCUGAUUCGCACCGUUUUAAGAUAGCCCAAAGAAAGUUUAUACAGUCGAUGGCUGGAUAUUCGCUCGUGUGUUACUUUUUGCAGAUCAAGGAUCGACAUAACGGAAACAUCAUGCUGGAUGAUGAAGGUCAUAUCAUCCAUAUUGACUAUGGGUUCUUACUUGGUAUCGCUCCGGGUGGAAUGCUGAGCAUUGAAUCAGCCCCAUUCAAACUCACGGCUGAGAUGGUCGAAACUAUGGGUGGCCAAGACUCGGAGGGCUUCAAGGAAUACGUAACAUUAUGUACUCGAGGCUUCCUGGCAUGUCAACAGCACUGUGACGAGAUUUGCGACCUUGUUGACGUCAUGUCACGGCAGUCCCCGUAUCCGUGUUUCCUGGGCAUUGACGCAGAUUAUAUUUUAUUACGCCUUCGUUCUCGCUUUAAGCUGACACUCACGAAACAAGAGACUGUGGCCUACGUGCUUUCGCUCAUCCGCAAGAGUAACAAUAAUUACAGCACGCGCCAAUAUGACAAUUUUCAGCGCAUGACAAAUGGCAUUCUGUCGUAG